AUGGACAGAAGAAACCAGACCAGCAUCUCUGAAUUUCUUCUCAUGGGCUUCUCUAAGCACCCGGAGCAGCAGCUUCUCCUGUUUUGGCUCUUCUUGGGCAUGUACCUGGUCACUGUGUUGGGGAACCUGCUCAUCAUCCUGGCCAUUGGCUCUGACCUGCACCUCCACACCCCCAUGUACUUCUUCCUGGCCAAUCUGUCAUUUUCUGAUAUUGGCUUCAUCUCUACAAUAAUUCCCAAGAUGCUAGAUAAUAUUAGCUCAGGAAUUAAACUAAUUUCUUAUAGUGCAUGUCUGACACAACUCUACUUCUUUGGCCUAUUUGCAGAUCUGGACAACUUUCUCCUGGCUGUGAUGGCACUUGACCGCUAUGUGGCCAUAAACCACCCCCUUCGUUAUGCCAUGACCAUGAACUCCCAACGCUGUGUCUUGCUGGUGGCAGGGUCAUGGGUAAUCACUAUCUUCCAUGCCCUAGUGCACACCCUCCUAGUGACCAGGCUUUCCUUCUGUGGUCCCAAUACCAUCCCCCACUUCUUCUGUGAUCUGGUCCCACUCCUGAAGCUGGCCUGUACCAGUACCUAUGUCAAUGACCUGGUGCUCACCCUUGUGGCAGGAACAUUGCUGAUUGGACCCUUUGUCUGCAUCCUCACGUCUUAUUUUUACAUUGCAUUGACUGUCCUGAGAAUUGAUGCCCCAAAUGGUAAGCAAAAGGCCUUCUCCAACUGCACCUCCCACCUCUCUGUGGUCUGUCUGUUCUACAGCACAGCUAUUGGGGUCUAUUUAUGUACUCCAUCAUCCCAAUCAGAUGGGAAGGACAGAGUCUUCUCAGUAAUGUACACGGUGGUGACUCCCAUGUUGAACCCCUUCAUCUACAGCAUCAGAAACAAGGAUAUGAAAGGGGCACUGGAGAAACUACUCAGAAUAAAAACAUCCUAG